UCAAACAAACUCCUUUCAAGAAAAGAAAAAUGGCAUUCUUGGGGAUUUUUCUUUUGGGGUUGCUCUCAAUGGCUUCAUCUGUUAGAGGUUACUACUAUGGCGGUGGUUGGACCAACGCUCACGCCACUUUCUAUGGAGGAAGUGAUGCCUCUGGGACAAUGGGCGGGGCUUGUGGGUACGGAAAUCUGUACAGCCAGGGCUAUGGGACAAACACAGCAGCACUGAGCACUGCAUUGUUCAACGAUGGGCUAAGCUGCGGGGCGUGUUACCAGCUCAGGUGCGUCAAUGACCCUCAGUGGUGCCUCCCGGGCUCAAUCAUCGUCACCGCCACCAACUUCUGCCCUCCCGGAGGGUGGUGCGACCCUCCGCAGCUCCAUUUUGACCUCUCCCAACCCGUCUUCCUUCGCAUUGCCCAAUACCGCGCCGGAAUAGUCCCCGUGGCCUACAGAAGGGUGAGAUGCAGGAGAAGUGGAGGGAUUAGGUUUACAAUUAAUGGGCAUUCAUACUUCAAUCUAGUGCUUAUAACCAACGUUGGUGGAGCUGGUGACGUGCAUGCAGUGUCAAUAAAAGGUUCAAGGUCUCGUUGGCAGCCAAUGUCAAGGAACUGGGGACAAAACUGGCAGAGCAACUCCUACCUCAACGGCCAAAGCCUCUCGUUUAUCGUCACCGCCAGCGACGGCCGCAGCGUCAUUUCCUACAACGCCGCGCCCGCCGGUUGGUCCUUUGGGAUGACAUACACGGGAAGACAGUUUCGCUACUAGCUAGACGUUAGACAAUUAGUACUCAAUUAUUAAUCAUGCAAUUAAUUAGAUGCUACGUAAAUUAUAUAAAAAAGGGUCAUAAAAGUUUUCAUAAAAAAUGGUCCAAAUAUUGCCCUAGUGAUUUGGUUUGAAGCUUUUUAUCAAGGCUUAAUUAUUAUAAUAUAGUUGCUGUGAAGAGUGAUGUUUUUGUUUGCAGCCAAGUUUGGUACGGGUACGGGUUGCCAGGAGCUGUUAUUGAUUUUUAUGAUUAAAAAAAAAAAACUAUGAAUGAUUAAUGAAUAAAGGUUUAAAUCC